CUUGCUUGGCUUCCGCAGGCGAAGCGAUGAGGAUUUAAUUAAGAUGGGCUGUUCGCCGUGUGGCACGGUCAUGGUCACACAGUCACGGUCGGUCAUCAGGGGUUGGGCGUGUGUGGGACAGGCAAUGUCUGCGGACUGGGCGGGGUGGGGGGUGAUGGGUGGAUUGGGUGUUCUGAGUGUGGACGGGCGACAGGGGAAGGAGAUGUGUUUCUCGGAGAGGAGGGUUUUUGAGGUGACGUGUGCUGUGUGUGUGUGUGUGUGUGUGUGUGUGUGUGUGUGUGUGUGUGUGUGUGUGUGUGUGUGUUUGAGGAGGGCUGGAAGAGGUGUAAUAGUGUAAUUAGUGGUUGUUUGGUUGGAUGGAUUGGUGACGCGCUUGGGGAGAGGGGGAGGAACGGCCAGUCAGUCCGUCAGUUGGUGGUCGAUGACGGAUGGCUGUGUCUAGCUAGCUGUGUAGUGUUGCUGCUGCUGCUGCUGCGGGUUUCUUUGUGUAUGCUAUCGUUUUCUUCGCGAUGUUUGUAUUAAGGUUGUCUGUGUGUGCCGGAUGAGAG